UUUUUACAUCCUUUCAAACUGCUAGGUUGGCAGAAGCUGUGAUAAGUAACGUGAGCUCACUCUGUUACGUGGCACUAGUGAUUCAAACCGCUGAACUACCGACCUUUCAAAUUGACAAGCUCAGCGUCUUAGCCACUGAGCCACCACGUCUCUCAUAAUGCAUAAUCAUCAUGCAUAAGAGGAUUGACCAAAUGAAAAGUCAUAGAAAUGUUUGGAAUGCGGCAAAAGCUUUACUCCGAAAAGCUUCCUCAUGAUUGAUGGAAGGACCCAUACUAGAGAGAAGCUCUACCAGUGCUCCCAAUGUGAAAAAAGAUUUACAAUGCACGCCAAUGUGGUGAGACAGAAGAGGACUUACACUGGAGAGAAACACUUUGAAUGUUCUGAUUGUGGGAAAAGUUUCACAUGGAAUUCUGAGCUGAGGACUCACCAGAGGACUCACACGGGAGAGAAACCGUAUGAGUGUCUGUAUUGUGGGCAAAGUUUCAUUCAGAAUACCAGCCUGGUGAUACACCAGAGGACUCAUACGGGAGAAAAACUGUAUGAGUGUCCGGAUUGUGGGAAAAGUUUCAGUAAGAAUUUCAAUCUAUUGGAACACCAGAGCAUUCACACAGGAGAUAAACCAUAUGAGUGUCUGGACUGUGGGAAACAUUUCAGUCGAAAUUCCUACUUGAUGGAACACCAAAGAACUCAUAGAGGAGAGAAACCAUAUAAGUGUCAUGAUUGUGGGAAAACUUUCUGUCGGAAUUCUCACCUAGUGGUGCACCAGAGAACUCAUACAGGCAACAAACCAUAUGAGUGUCCGGACUGUGGGAAAUGUUUCACUCAGACUUCCAAACUGGUGGUACACCAGAGGACUCACACGGGGGAGAAACCAUAUGAGUGUGAAGAAUGUGGAAAAAGUUUCACUCAAAAUUCCAAGCUGUUGAGACACCAGAGAACUCACAUGGGAGAGAAACCAUAUGAGUGUCUGUAUUGUGGAAAAAGUUUCACUCAGAAUGCCAGCCUGGUGAUACACCAGAGGACUCACACGGGAGAGAAACCAUAUGAGUGUCGGGAUUGUGGGAAAUGUUUCACUCAGAAUUCCAACCUGGUGACACAUCAGAGGAUUCACACAAGAGAUAAACCAUAUGAGUGCUUGGAUUGUGGGAAAAGUUUCAGUCGAAAUUCCCACUUGGUGGAACACCAGAGAAUUCACACAGGAGAGAAACCAUAUAAGUGUCCUGAUUGUGGGAAAGGUUUCUUUUGGAAUUCUAAGCUGGUGGUACACCAGAGAACUCACACAGGUAACAAACCGUAUCAAUGUCUGGAUUGUGGUAAAAGUUUCAAUUGGAAUUCUGCCCUAGUGAUACACCAGAGGACUCACACAGGAGAAAAACCAUAUGAGUGUCUGGAGUGUGGGAAAAGUUUCAUUCAGAAUUAUGAAUUGGUUAUACACCAGAGGACUCACUCAGGAGAGAACCCGUAUGAGUGUCCAGAUUGUGGGAAAAGUUUCAGUAAGAAUUUCAAUCUGUUGCAACACCAGACCAUUCACACAGGAGAUAAACCAUAUGAGUGUUUGCACUGUGGGAAACAUUUCAGUCGAAAUUCCUAUCUGGUGGAACACCAAAGAACUCAUACAGGAGAGAAACCAUAUAAGUGUCCUGAUUGUGGGAAAACUUUUGGUCGGAGUUCUCACCUAGUGGUACACCAGACAUCUCAUACAGGCAACAAACCAUAUGAGUGCCCAGACUGUGGGAAACGUUUCACUCAGACUUCCAAACUUGUGGUACACCAGAGAACUCAUACAGGCAACAAACCAUAUGAGUGUCCAGACUGUGGAAAACAUUUUAUCCAGAAUUCCAACCUGGUGAAACACCAGAAAACUCACCGCAGAGAAAAUCCAUAUGAGUAUCUGGAGUGUGGGGAAAAUAUUCAUUCAGAAUUCCAAGCUGGUGAUACACCAGAGGACUCAUAUAGGAGCGAGACUGUACAGAAUGUUCGGAUUGUAGGAAAGAUUUCAGUAGUAGGACUAGCCUCCUCAAUCAUGUAAGGUUACAUGGGAGAAACCAUUUUGAUGCCAAGAUUGCUGACAGUGUUUCACACAAAAUUCCUAUCAAAAGAGUAGACGCUCCACAAGGUGUUAUUUGAUGUGUGUAGAUGAAUCUUGAAUAUCAUUUCUGAUUUCUCAUUGCAAGCUCUUUUUAAUCAAACAUGUCUUAGUAUUAAACAUGGAGGAGGAGGAGGAGAUCUGUGUUGGGAUGUCCAAGCCUUUUCUAAGCUCCCUUUCUCAGGCUAAUGCAGUACCUUCCACACAGGGAUGACAGGUGAAGGCCUGUGGUCGGCCAGCGAAUGAAACCUGCCCAGCAACAAAAUUCUCUCAGUUAAGAAACAGAUGAGCACCGCCUCUUAGAACAGGACCGAACAGGAGAACUUUAGGAGGAAAAAGGGCUGCCAAAUUUUAUUGGAAAUAGUUCCUAUGAAAUGGGAUGGAUCUGGGUGCUGUACUCUAGGUGUCUUACUAAGGCUUUAUACCACUCCAUAAAACCUUAGUAAGACUACACCUAGAGUAUUGCAUCCAAUUUUGGUCACCACACUAUAAAAAAGAUGUUGAGAUUCUUGAAAAAGGUCAGAGUAGAGCGACCAGGAUGAUAGGGGAUUGGAGACUGAAACAUAUGAAGAACGGUUACAGGAACUGGGCAUGGCUAGUCUAGUGAAGGACCAGGAGAGACAUGAUAGCAGUCUUCCAAUAUUUGAGGGGUUACCACAGAGAGG